ACUUCCGACCCUUCUUUAAGGACCCGAUUGAGAAGCCCCUUUCUUUCUUUGCUGAGUAGUUUAAGAACUUAUUUGUCUCCUUUCGAAAGCACUGAUCUCACGUAUCAUGGCUGAAACUCCAUACCCUCUAACGCUCGAUGAUGCCGCGUCCGACCACACUAGAGUUGAAUACGAACCCCGUUUCCAGUCUAUCAUUAACCCAACCUUCGAUGGGGCAGAUGUGGUCAACCUCCCGUCUCGAACACUCAGCCGCGACGCGAAUUUGGAAGAAUACACGGAAGAGACUAUCGAUGGUCAGAUACUGCGAGAAAUCAAGUCGAAUGCUACUGGGCACAUUGAACGAUACGAACUAGUCACCUGGAAGGUGAACGACCCUGAGAAUCCUAAAAACUGGUCGAAGUCAUAUAAAUGGUGGUGCACAAUGUGUGUUGCAUUCACAUGCUUUGUUGUAGCGUUUAAUUCCGCUGUCAUCACUGCAGACCUAGAGGGUGUUGCGGAGGAGUUCCAUGUCAGUUUUGAGGUUGCACUUCUUACGAUUACCGUCUUUGUGGUAGGGUUUGGUGUAGGACCAAUGGCCUUCGCACCAAUGUCAGAGAUUGUUGGUAGGAGGCCGAUCUACGCCUCUACCUUACUGAUUGCAGUCAUUUUUACCGUACCAGGCGCAGUGGCAAAGAACAUUGCAACACUUCUUGUGACUCGAGCCAUUGCGGGUAUUGCUUUCUCGGCUCCAAUGACCCUAGUUGGAGGGACUCUGGCCGACCUGUGGCGAAAUGAGGAGCGAGGGGUACCGAUGGCGGCGUUCAGUGCUGCACCAUUCAUUGGACCAGCUGUGGGACCUCUUGUAGGAGGCUUUCUGAGCGAUGCCGCGGGCUGGCGGUGGCUGUAUUGGAUUCAACUAAUACUAGGCUGCGUUGCAUGGGUUGCCAUAUCAUUCACCGUCCCAGAGACAUACACCCCUAAACUGCUUACUCGACGUGCGGAAAAACUUCGGAAGUCGACCGGCGAUAGCAAGUUUGUGACUGAGGAGGAUCUGGACAUGCGACCUUUGAGUCAGAGAUUGCGCCUGUUUCUAUUUCGACCAUUUCAACUUCUCUUUCGUGAACCAAUCGUUUUCUUCAUUUCGGUAUACAUGUCUGUCCUGUAUGGCUUACUCUAUAUGUUCUUUGUCGCGUAUCCUAUCGUUUAUCAGCAAGGAAAAGGUUACAGCGCGGGUACUACGGGUCUGAUGUUCAUACCGAUUGCCGUGGGUGUACUCCUAAGCGCAGCUUGUGCGCCCCUUGUCAACAAACACUACCUGUCAUUAGUUAAGAAGCACAACGGUAAGCCUCCAGCAGAAGCUCGUCUAAUUCCAAUGAUGAUAUCAUGCUGGUUUAUCCCUAUUGGACUCUUCAUAUUUGCCUGGACUUCAUAUCCGCGUCUCUCAUGGGUUGGUCCAGCCCUUGGUGGUUUCCCUGUUGGCUUCGGGUUUAUUUUUUUAUACAACUCAGCGAACAAUUACCUAGUAGACUCGUACCAACACCAAGCCGCUUCUGCUUUGGCUGCAAAAACAUUUCUGAGAAGUUUCUACGGAGCAGGUGUGGUUCUCUUCACAAAUCAAAUGUACGAUCGCCUCGGCUACCAAUGGGCGAGCUCACUCCUCGGCUUCAUUGGCCUAGCCUGUUGUGCCAUCCCGUAUAUUUUCUACUUCAAGGGCGCAGCUAUCCGCAAGCACUCUCGAUUUGCGUACAGUCCAGACGUAGAGAACCAAGGAAAUAUUGAGAAAUCAUCCCCCUGAUUGUCCGACGCCGGACAUCGCUUCCUGUGCAUGCAGGUCCUGUAAAACACGAUUUUAUGCCAAGAGACCUCGCCCACCC